GAUUUUCCGCGAGCUGGGAAACGAACUGCUACAUCAAGUACUACAAGAAAUGAUGCGGCCAGCACAUCCUCUUCUCGCCUCCAAGAUAUGAAGCAUAGAGAAAGUCAAGUAGAGACUGCUACAACCAUGACUCCAAUGCACGAGAAGCAACAUCUUCAAGGAGGAGCUCCACCUGCUGAAAAAGGGAACAGCGCAACAGGCGAGUCUUCGUCGGUCUCUCAUAUCGAAUCUCCCGCGAACUCGUCAACGAACGGCUCGCGCAGUGGGGCAACACCAUCCCGGUGCGUCGACACGACUUCAUCCGCGGGGCAAAGAAUACCCA